AUGACAGUAGACAAAGUAGUUUUGGUAGCCCUGAGUGGAUGCUCCUCUAGCGGGAAAACAAGUAUUGCUAUGCUGGCUGCGAGAAUUCUUCCAAAUAGUAUCUUACUACAUGAGGAUGACUUUUACAAACAUGAUGAAGAAGUUCCAAUAGAUACGAAGUACGGAAUCAGACUUUGGGAUGACCCGCGAGCACUUGACUUUGAUUUAUUUGAUAAAGAAUUGGACAUAAUAAAAAAGACAGGCCAGAUUUCGCAAGAGCUUAUUCACAACAACAAUGUCGACGGCAUAGAGAAAUUUAACAUACAUGAUGAUUUUGUGAAGCAGUUGAAGCAAAAAUGUAGCUCCAUUGAACCAAAUGUGAAGAUAGUUAUCGUGGAUGGAUUCAUGAUUUACAACAAUCCAAAGUUGUCAUCAAAAUUCGACUUGAAGAUUUUAAUUCGUGCCCCAUAUCAAGUCCUGAAGAGGAGGAGAGCCGCUAGGCCAGGGUAUAAGACUCUCGAUUCCUACUGGGUCGACCCACCUUACUAUUUUGAUGAAUUUGUCUAUAAAUCUUACAAGGAUGCGCACAAUCGGUUAUUCAUAAACAACGAUGUUGAAGGGCAGUUAGAUGCUUCCACAUCAAAUGACAUAAGAGACUUUAAGAAUGACGAUGACACGCCGAUCGAGGAUGCCGUGUAUUGGGUGUGUCAAGAGAUUCUAUCUUUUCUCAAUGGCUCAAAGUCCGUCGCGCCACAAAGUAAUGCAACACUUAACAAUUGA